AUGCCUCUCGGAAAGUUCGACGGUCUGGAGUUGCCCGCCGCGGCCGAUAUGCACGUCCAUCUGCGCGACGGUGCAAUGAUGGAAACCGUCACUCCCACUAUACGCCAAGGAGGCGUGAAUACCGUCUAUGUCAUGCCUAACCUCGUUCCGCCGCUCACCACCGUCGACGCUACCCUCGCCUACCGCGCCCGCCUGCAAGCCAUCGAGCCGAACGUCACCUUCCUCUCCUCGCUCUACCUGCACCCGGACAUCACGCCGGAAACCAUUGUCGCGGCCAAGAAAGCCGGCGUCACCGGCGUGAAGUCUUAUCCAGCGGGCGUGACGACCAACUCGUCGGCGGGCGUCGUCGACUACGCGUCCUUCUACCCGGUCUUCGCCGAGAUGGAGCGGCAGGACAUGGUGCUGAACCUGCACGGCGAGCUGCCGCCGUCGGCGUCGGCGGCGGGCGACAUCACGGUGCUGAACGCCGAGGAGCGCUUCCUGCCCACGCUGCGCGAGCUGCACGCCAAGUUCCCCAAGCUGCGCAUCAUCCUCGAGCAUUGCACGUCGGCCGCUGCCAUCGCCGCCGUCGAGAGCUGCGGCGACACGGUCGCGGCCACCAUCACCGCACACCACCUCUACCUCACCGUCGACGACGUCGUCGGCAACGCCUUCCACUUCUGCAAGCCCGUCGCCAAGCUCCCCGCCGACCGCCACGCCCUGCUGCGCGCCGCGGCCCAGGGCGGUCCCAAGUUCUUCUUCGGCACCGACAGCGCCCCGCAUCCUAUCACCGCGAAGAGCGGGCCCGGUGCUGCUGCCGGAGUCUUCACCCAGCCGUAUGCGGUGCAGUUGGUCCUGGACGCGUUUGAGGCGGCGGUGACGAAGGGUUGGUUGAAGGAGGAGGAAGUGACUAAGGAGAAUCUGGAGGGAUUUUUGAGCAGAUACGGGAGAGCUUUCUAUAAGGUUGGCGAUGAGCGUGGGGAGAGGAUCGUGUUGAAGAGGCAAGGAGAGAAGGUUGUGGAUGUUGUGAAGCACAAGGAGGGUGAAGUGGAGGUUGUACCGUUUAGGAAGGGACAGAAUACGUGGAGUGUGGCGUGGAAGUAG